AAACAUCAAACGACAACAUCCCGAUUGGCUGCGACCCUGGACGGCGGUUGUCGAUCCCCAGACCAGAAUGACGCUCGCGACUCCUGCAACUGCCGUCCAACGCUGGCCACGUACCUUGCAGGAAGCAGGAACAACAGAAAAGUUGGCAAUUCCGGGCGACCCGGGGCCAGCAUCGAGAUGGCGUCUGAUGUUGUUAUACCAGCCGUGCCCUCGUUUAACUUCUGUCCCAUACCAUCAAAUCUCGUUGAAGUCGCCCGCCCUUCGCUCUAGCCGUGCGACAACACCAUGGGCUCUCCACUCUCGCCUGCCCGCGCGGUUGUGCUGCUGGCCUCCCUCGCGGUAGCCAGCACGCUCAACUCGCAGUACCGCUUCAACCCGCUGCACCAUCUGACCGGCAUCUCCCCGUACUUUGAACCUCUGGACCCGCCCGCCUCGCCUGACGCGCCGCAGGGAUGCACGGCCGAGCGGGCCGCCUACCUCAUCCGGCACGGGUCCAUCUACGCCAACGACUUUGACUUCGAAACCUACAUGGAGCCCUUCGUCCAGAAGCUGUCCAACAAGACGGGCACCGUCGACUGGUCCAAGGUCCCCGACUUGAACUUCCUUGCAGGCUGGGAAGCACCCGUCUCUGAGGCCGAGGCCAGCCUCCUCACUCGCGUCGGCAAGCUGCAGGCUACGCAGCUCGGCGUGGACCUCUUCUUCCGGUACCCACAUCUCAAGGUCCCGCCCAAGAUCUACGCCUCCUCGGCCGAGCGCACGUUCCGGUCCGCCGCCUCCAUCGUGCGCGGCUUCGAGCUCGACGACAACACCAUCAAUGUCGUUAGCAUUUACGAGUCGGAGCAGUCCGGCGCCGACGGGCUUACUCCCUACAAGGGCUGCCCGGCCUACUCCUCGUCCGCGGGCAGCGACGAAUCCUCAGCCUUUCAAGAAAGGUUCACGGACCCCAUCAAGGCGCGCCUGAACUCAGUGGCCCCGGGCUUUAAUUUCACAACUGAGGAUGUCUUUGGCAUGAUGCAGUUCUGCGGCUACGAGACCGUGAUCCGCGGCCGCUCCCGCUUCUGCGACCUUGAUCUGUUCACCCCCGACGACUGGCUGGCGUGGGAGUACUCCGAGGACCUGCGCUACUUCUACAACGCGGGCUAUGGUAACGCGGUCGUGGGCUCCAUCGGCAUGCCCUGGUUCAACGCCACGGCCAACCUCCUCUUGUCCGACGACCGCUCUUCGUCUCGGGAGGAUCUGUACGUCAGUGUCACCCAUCGCGAGAUGCCGCCCAUGGCCAUGGUUGCGAUGGGCCUCUUCAACAACUCGGACCAUUUCGCAGGCGGUAGCGCAGCCUCCAUAAAUGACACAAUGCCUCUCGACCGCAUCAACCAUCGUCGCGCAUGGCGUACCUCGCACAUCAUCCCCUUCCUCGGUAACCUGGCCAUCGAGCGUCUCAACUGCUCAGGUAGCUACGGCUUCGCCGACGGUCAGUAUUAUCGUGUGCUCGUCAACAGUGCUCCGCAGCCCAUCCCUACCUGCGCGGAUGGUCCAGGCACCACCUGCUCCCGCUCUGCCUUCGAAAGCUACGUGGCCGAACGCACGGGAAUGUUCAAGGGAUUCACAGAGGCUUGCGGCGUUGACUACAACAACAGCACCGACACCGUGUCCAUCUACACUGACCCCAACGUCGGGAACGGCACAAUGGUCGGCAGGCGAAGCGAGAGAGUGUGAAAGAUUUACUGUGAUUUCUUAGAAAACAAUAAUGAUAAUAUGGUCGUAUAAUACUACACUUGCC